AUGAAGUUCCUCACCAGCGCCCUCUUUCUCUUGGCCUCAGUCACCUCCACCUUCGCUCUUCCCACCAGCGUCGUUGUCUCCGAAACCACAGUCGUAGAAGAUAAGAUCGCCCUCGAAGAGCGCCAGGCCAACGUCGUCUGCGGCUCAAACUCCUACACAUCGGCGCAAUUGACAGCAGCCCGCAACUCCGCUGCCAACUACAUCAAGCAAGGAGGCACUGCGGGAGGCAGCUCGUACCCUCACGUCUACAACAACUACGAAGGUUUCGAUUUCUUGGUUUCCGGAACCUACUACGAAUUCCCUCUGCUGAAAAGCGGAGCUUACACUGGUGGUGAGUUUAACAUUUAUCAUACCUCUCUUUCUGUUAUCCAGACGAUGAAGGCAUAUGUUGGCCCGCAGGGUGUGAAUUCGUGAGAAGAGUAGUUGUUGACUUUGGUCGGAUUUAGGAUCACCCGGCGCCGACCGC